AUGGAGUCACUAGGAACGAGCUCACUGUUCAAACAAGUCGAUCAGCAUCUUCUCUCGACCAAUGACCCCCCUAUGACCAAUGAACAGAGGCUAGCGGCGAAACGGUACAUUGAUGCAGUUUCCAAAGAAAUUCAGGAGAGGGAAGCAGCGAUCCAGUUUCUCCCCCCGCUGCCUGGCCUAAGAAGACGCAUCGGUAAGCUGCGCAAGACUCGGCGAAAGGUUCAAGGUAUUCUCUCGCCACUGAGAGACUUUCCCGAAGAACUCAUCGCGAGAAUCUUCGAGAUCGUCCUGGAACCGUGGAAUAACAACCUCGGGGGGCGCCGUGCUUUUAUACGGCUACGGUCUGUGUGUCAACGGUGGCGUGCUAUUGCCUUCUCGCACCCAGCGUUAUGGGCAGCACUCACCGUGGAACCCAGAGAGCUUUUUGGUCCAAAUGCACCGGACCUCCCGCAAGCCAAGAUCCGUGCUUGGUUUGACCGCGCCUUAGCCACACCUCUUCGGUUUCAAAUCUACUCUUCCAACGGCUUUCAAAAUACCGCGGAGGAAGUUGCGAGCGCUGUUUCCGUGGUGGCAGACGAUAGAAAUUGCCUCUUUGCCGCGAUUGCCAGCGCGUCAUAUCGCCCGUGGAAGAACUUGAAAACUUUGGAGAUUGCGCUGGUUCCACCCUCAGCGACCACUGCAGGAGGCAUCACCACUGUAAUCCUACAGGGCCCACCGAGACUCCUUCAAUGCCUGACUCUUCCCGCGCUCACACACCUCUGGUUAUCGCCAGAGAACUUGUCUCCUGGACCGCAGACUGAUAUAGUCGCGUUCGAGGAGUUCUCGUCGGUGGUGAAGGCGUUUCUGCAUCGAUCAAGAUGCUGUCUUUCGGGGUUGUUCCUCCACAUGUGGCAACUUCCGUAUAACCUAUCGUCCCGGUUCCUUGAGGAGAUUGAAACUGGGUACAUCACCACCCUGUUACAACCCCUCGCAUUUAUCGAAUGCCUCGAGCAAAGGAAGGUCGCUUAUCUCUCGUCGAGUCGACAAAGCCCGGGCGAAAAGGCCGCGGAAGCUGCCCUGCCCUGGCUCGAACUCGUCUUCAAGCAAACAGCGCCGUUCGUUCGAGAUCGCAAUCGUGACCUUUUGGCACGAGCUUUCCAGUUGAAAGUUCGGAUACAGGUCGGAAGCGUAGCGUGGAAUUAG